UUGUAGGAGUUCAUCCUGCUGUCUCUGUGAAUCGGUGUUACUCCUGCAGCCACUUUGCUGGUGCUAGUGUCAAGAAAAAGAGAGCAGUAUCUCAUUGAAAUGACUUUGUCAUUCGAAGGAAGAGUCGUGCUUGUUACUGGGGCCGGAGGAGGCCUUGGCAGAGAAUAUGCACUGGCUUUUGCUCAAAGAGGCGCCUCAGUUAUAGUGAAUGACCUUGGGGCAGACACUAAAGGGGGUGGAAAGAGUUCUGCAGCUGCUGAUAAGGUGGUGGAGGAGAUAAGAGCGAAGGGAGGCAAGGCUGUGGCAAACUAUGAUUCUGUAGAAGAUGGAGAAAAAUUGAUCCAGUCAGCACUUGACGCAUUUGGAAGAAUUGAUGUCGUCGUAAACAAUGCCGGGAUACUUCGUGACCGAUCGUUUGCCAGGACGAGUGAUAUGGACUGGGACCUGAUUCAGAGAGUUCACUUGAGAGGCUCCUUCUUGGUGACUCGAGCUGCCUGGAACCACAUGAAAAGCCAAAAGUUUGGCAGAAUCAUCAUGACGGCUUCAGCCGCAGGCAUCUAUGGUAACUUUGGCCAGGCCAACUACAGCGCUGCCAAGCUCGGCAUGGUGGGGCUGGCAAACACCCUGGCCAUUGAAGGACGCAAGUACAACAUCCACUGCAACACAAUUGCUCCUGUUGCUGGGUCACGCCUCACAGAGACCAUCAUGCCCCCAGACCUUGUGGCGUCUCUGAAGCCUGAGUAUGUUGCUCCCUUGGUCCUCUGGCUCUGCCAUGAACAAUGCCAAGAAAACGGAGGACUUUUUGAGGUCGGUGCAGGCUGGAUUGGUAAAUUGCGCUGGGAGCGUACUCAGGGCUGCACUGUGAGACAAAAGAACCAACCCAUGACCCUUGAGGCUGUCAGGGACCAGUGGGACAAAAUCUGUGACUUUACAGAUGCCACCAAGCCUGCAAACGCACAAGAGUCUCUACAGUCAAUUAUAUCUGCGCUGUCUCAAGUGGAGUCGGAAGGAGAAGUCAGUGCGAAUCCAACCGCAUCUGCUACAGCCUCGUCUUCAGGAAUCAAUCCUGCUGAGGCAGUGGGACAAAAAAUACCACCGACCACGUUCAGCUUCACCCACACCCAGUGUAUCCUGUAUGCACUGGGGGUCGGCAUGUCCACCAAGGACCCAGACCACCUGAGGUUCCUGUAUGAAGGCCAUCCAGACUUCAGCUGCCUCCCCACCUUUGGAGUCAUUCCCUCCAUGACAGCCAUGAUGGAUGGCAGCCUGAGCUCAGUCCCCGGACUCAACAUAGAUUUUACACGGAUAUUACACGGGGAGCAGUAUCUGGAGCUUUACAGGCCUUUACCAACCUCAGGUAAACUUACCUCUGAGGCCAGCAUAGGGGACGUGUUGGACAAAGGAUCUGGAGCCGUCAUCCUCUUGGAUGUAAACACCUACAGUGGCGACGAGCUGGUCUGCUACAACCAGUUUUCGGUGUUUGUGGUCGGAGCGGGAGGGUUUGGAGGGAGGAGAACCUCUGAGAAAGUCAAAGCUUCUCUGCCUCCACCUAAGCGGGCACCAGAUGCUGUGGUGGUUGACGCUACCACAAGAGACCAAGCGGCCUUGUACCGUCUGAGUGGAGACUGGAACCCUCUUCAUAUAGACCCCAGCUUUGCUGCCAUGGGAGGUUUCAAGGCUCCCAUCCUUCACGGCUUGUGCUCAUUCGGCUUUGCUGCGAGACACGUCCUCAAGCAGUUUGCCGACAAUGACCCCUCCAGAAUGAAGGCCAUCAAGGUUCGCUUUGCGAAGCCGGUGUUGCCGGGUCAGUCGCUGCAGACUGAGAUGUGGAAGGAAGGCAACAGAAUCCACAUCCAGUGCAAAGUGAAGGAGACGGAUGCCGUUGUUCUAGCUGGGGCCUACGUGGAUUUACACGGCGCAGCAGAGGCUUCUCCGGAAAAUCUCACUCAAGGAGAAGGCCUUCAGAGCGAGCUGGUGUUCGCAGAGAUCGGCCGUCGUAUUAAAGACUCGGGCUCAGACUUGGUCAAGAAGGUGAAUGCUGUGUUUGGCUGGGAGAUCACCAAAGAUGGCAAGAACGCUGCACAGUGGACCAUUGAUCUGAAGAACGGCAGCGGCUCUUUGCAGAAAGGCCCUUACAGCGGGAAGGCGGAUGUGACCUUCACCGUGUCAGACGAAGACUUCAUGGAGGUGGUGCAGGGGAAACUCAACCCUCAGAAGGCGUUCUUCUCUGGCAAGCUGAAGGUUAGAGGGAACAUCAUGCUGAGCCAGAAGCUGGAGGUCAUCCUGAAGGACUACGCCAAGCUGUGAGCUCCUCGGCAAACCCGUUGGAUGAUCUCAGCAACUAACCAGCCGACCAGCUCGCCGUCUGUCAGCUUUUUCCUCUCCCUGAUUUAUGUGUGUGUGCUUAACAUGCUUUGCCUCUCGAGGGAAACACACGAAAAAUUACCUAAUAGCACUACUGCUACUUCAGAAUGAAUUCUCUCUUGUAAAUUAACUUUCACUGUAAACAUAACAAGUGCAAAGACUGUAUAGAUAUAUAUGUUAUAUAUGUUCUGUAUAGUAAUGUUGAGUUCUCACUGAAUUUUUCAUGUCAGUGCAACAGCAAUGAAUUCAACGGCUGCUCUUGUAUGAAAAUAAAGUAAGUCAGACUAAAAGCUCAUUUCUCUAUGUUUAAUACAGCAUUUUACGGCUUUAUGGAGCUUUAUAGUGAGUUUCAGCUUUUUGUUUGCCCGACCUGCAACUUUACUGUUUUUGUUCACGCUCCACGCUCUUAUUGCAUCAUUCUCAGCAGCAGCAGGCAGCUGUUUUCAGUGAAACAGUGUAAAAAAAAAAAACAAAAAAAACAAAACAAACAAACUGUAUGCUACCUGCUCACUACUAAACGGCAGUCGCACACAGUUGGUGACCAAGCGGGAAACCUCCAGGGAUGAAAACUGAAGCCAAAGUGGAAGUGGCCAGAGUCACAGACACCGUGCUUCACCGUGGCUCUUCAGAAACCGAUGGGGGACGUCACAGAGACUACGUCCAUGUGUGCAACUAGCUGGUCAACAUCCUUUAGCAACUGAAGAGCCGUUUUUAUCCCUCAGGAGUUUGGAGACCAACACCAGAACUAAAAGAGAGUGAAUAAUGGACUGAUAGUCACCUGGUGGACUCAAAAAUGACCUCAUAUGUUGUGCUGCAUUGUUGUGUCAACGGUUUGCUAACAACUUCACAACUGCUGCCCCCGACUGGCCAAAAAAACAAACAAACGAAAAAUUAGUUGUUGCAGGUUUAAAGGCCCCCUGUGGAGUCUUUGACCACUAGUAGCACUUUGAAACAAUGUUUUUAUGUUUAGGCACAAGCACACAGACGACACGAUAUUCCUGCUACUGGUUUCAUGCAGUUCCACUGAUAGAAAGAAAUAAAGUAAAGAAAUAUAGCAAUAUGCCAACAAAGGCAGAGAAGAAGACUGCUAGCAAGCAACCAUAGCUGUAACUGAUACAGGAUUGAAAUCAUAUGAAGAACAGGCUCUGCAAGGGUUCUGAGGAUGGAAACACAUUUAAAACGUUCUGAUCUGAAGGAUACACAUUAUGUAUUUUGGUGAAUAACAUAGUAAACUUAACUUUUGUUUAAAAUGAAACUCCACAGUUUUAAUUCAGAAACAGUUUUAUAUACCUGCUGUCAUAACAGAAACUUAAUAAAAUGUAGUUAACUAUGAAAAUAAUGAUUUUCACUUAUUCUUAAUCUGUGAUGAACAUCAAUGGUUUUACUUGCUUUAAUGGAAAUAGUUAUUCAGACUACAAACAAGUCAUUUUAAUACUAUGUAAUUGUUACAGUGUACAUAUAACUGCAUCUAAUAAACGUGGCUCUUUGGCUUGA